AUGUCGGAAAGUGCGAAUUUAGUCUUGGUCAUCGGUGGCACAGGGGCUCAGGGAACACCGGUCGUCAAAGCAUUGGCAUCUGGUUCUAAAUACUCCGUACGCGUCCUGACCAGAAAUUCUUCAUCAAAGGAAGCGACUGAGCUGGCCGCAAUUCCUGGAGUGACGAUUUUUGAGGGAGAGACUUACCACGAACCCACCCUUCGAAAGGCUUUGAAAGACGUCUCUUAUGUCUUUGUCAAUACCAAUGGCUUUGCCAUUGGUGAACAGGCUGAGAUAUACUGGGGCAUUCGCCUCUACGAGCUGGCUCGUGAAUUCCGCGUAAAACAUCUCCUCUACGCGGGCCUUGAAUACGCCUCAAAGCUCGGGAACUUUGACCCUAAAUAUCGGACUGGGCAUCUGGAUGGAAAGGGGAAAGUGGUCGACUAUAUCUCGAAUCAGCCAACUACUCCGAUGGCGUGGUCUAUCCUGACGUCGUGCUUAUAUAUUCAGGGCCUCUCGGAGAUUCUCCGGCCGCUCCCGGACCCGAAUGACUCAGAGACGAUGGUCUUCGCAGCGCCCCUAGGGGAUGGGAAAUGUCCUCUUAUCCAUCUUGAGGACUACGGAUCCUACGCCCGUUGGCUCUUUGACAAUCCUGCUCGGAGCAAGGGGCUCGAAUUGCAUGUGGGUACAGAGGAUAUUGCGUGGAAAGACCUCGCCGCAGCCUUUACAGCUGUGACUGGUCGGAAAGCUGUCUACAAGGAUGUUACAUUGGACGAAUAUUUCCAACUUGGGAUAUGGCCGGAUCCAGAUGCCAAAUUGGGUUAUUCCGCCCGUCCUGACGAACCCACCCUCUUCACAGUGCGGGAGAACUUUUCGGGGUUUUGGAACACUUGGAAAGACAAUCUGACAAAGAGGAAUUAUCAGCUAUUAGAUGACAUAUUGCCGACCAGAGUCAAGAGUGUGAGAGAAUGGAUGGAGAAAACUGGAUAUACAGGGAAGCCCGCAUCGGUUCUGAAAGACCAUCGUGAUGCGACUCGAAAAGUUUAA